GUGUUUUGCUAUGUCUUUCUCAUUUGUAAUUUUGUGCCAGAAAAACUAUUUCCUUCAUUUGUUUCCAAGAUGUCAGCAACCACCAACCCCAUUUAUAUCCACCCACAAUGAAUUGAGGAAGUUUUGGUACACACUCCACAAAAAAAGCCACCACCUUCUCCAUUUCUCCCAACAAAUAUCCAAAAAAACCAAAUUUUAUACUACCUUACAAACUUCCCAGCUUUCCAGAGUUACAACAAAAAAAAACUCAAUGAUCCAAACAAGGUUUGUACUGGCAAUAUUGCUACUGCUAUCCUUGCAAUUGCCUCUUUUCUCAUAUGCUGCAAAGAUUGGGCAAACAUGUUUGCUUGACAAGAACUGUGACAGUGGACUGCAUUGUGAGACAUGCAUAGCCAAUGGUAACUUAAGGCCAAGGUGUACAAGAGUUCAGCCAUUAGACCCCAUUUCCAAGGGGGUUAAGGGGUUGCCAUUCAAUAGGUACUCAUGGUUGACAACUCACAACUCUUUUGCCUUGCUUGGCCAAAAGUCACUCACUGGAAUCCCAAUUGUUGCCCCUACAAACCAGCAGGAUUCUGUCACUGCCCAGCUCCAAAAUGGAGUCAGGGGUCUAAUGCUGGAUAUGUAUGACUUUGAGAAUGAUAUAUGGUUGUGCCACUCUUUUGGUGGCACUUGCUACAACUUCACAGCUUUUCAACCAGCCAUUAACGUGCUCAAAGAAAUCAAUGUCUUCAUGGAAGCAAAUCCUUCAGCAGUAAUCACCAUUUUUAUCGAAGACUAUGUUACUUCCCCAAAAGGUCUCACAAAAGUGUUCAAUGCUUCCGGCCUCUUUAAGUACUGGUUUCCAGUGUCACGCAUGCCUAAAAACGGCGGAGAUUGGCCAUUGCUAACCGACAUGAUCAGCAGUAACCAACGCCUCGUCGUCUUCACAUCAAAACAAGCCAAAGAAAGUUCUGAGGGAAUUGCCUACGAAUGGAGAUACGUUGUAGAAAACCAAUACGGAGACGAUGGUAUGAAAGCAGGAUUGUGCCCGAACCGAGCUGAAUCACCGCCAAUGAACACAAUGUCAAGGUCCCUUGUCUUGAUGAACUAUUUUCCUACCACUCCGGACUUGGUAACUUCUUGCAAGGAUAAUUCUGCUCCUCUUGUUAACAUGCUAAACACAUGCCAUAAUUUAUCUGGUAACCGAUGGCCGAACUUCAUCGCCGUGAACUUUUACAAGAGAAGUGAUGGCGGUGGAGCUCCGGAAGCUACAGACAUUGCCAAUGGACACUUGAUUUGUGGGUGCAACAGCAUCACAGAUUGCAAGGUUAAUGCAAGCUUUGGCAGUUGCCAAGACCUCCCAAAAGCUGAACUUAGUGAGAAUAGUACAUCAAUGGCUUCAAUGAUCAUGUGGAACAAGUGGUUUGGGUUUUAUAUGGUGCUAUUGGUGAUGGUCUUCUCAUGUUACUUGUAUUAGGUUAUGAAGGUGAUUGUUUGGUCAAUCUUACAUUAAAUUAUUGUAGUGUUUUAAAAAAAGGUUUCCUUUUUCUUAAUAUGAAUUUCAG